AUGGCAACAGAAAGAGAAAUCGAUAAUACUAUAUUUCUCGAUGUCCUUACCACUAGCAAUGAAUUUAUUGACGUCAAUACUGGUGGCAAUAAUUUUUCAAUUACUGCUUUUAAAUGGGACAGAAUUAGUAAGGUCAAAAAAGAAAUUGCGAAGCGUGUUGAUACCACCCAAUUCAAACUCUAUAGGGAUAGUCCACAUCCU